AUGCCGGUCCCCAGCCGGCAGGUCCCCAUCGGCCGAUCCCAGAGCUGGGAUGCUGCCGGGUGGUACGAGGGCCCCUGGGAGGUGGCCGAGGCCCCGGCGAGGAGCAGCUCCGUGGCGGACGGCGGCACGGCGGGACCGUGGUACGAGCCCCAGGGCGCAGGCGAGCCCUUCCUCUACCGGGAGGCCUUCUUCAACUCUGUGGCUGGCAGCAAGAACCCCGUCGCCGACUUCGCCUUUUACGACAGCAGACAGGCGCUGAUGUCUGGCCGGGGCGCCCUGCUGCCGCGGGAUUACUACGGCGACGCGGCCGCCCGGGUGCCCAAGGAGGCUCGCCACCUGCGGGACCCGGGACUCAGCCGGUCGCUGCCUGGUUACGGCGUGACGGGCGGCAGGCUGACAUGGGAUCAGGUGCAAGGCCGGGUCCCCGCCCUGCAGGAUGCCGGGCACCUGUACCGGGACCCCGCGGGUAAAGGGGUGGCUCAGGGGCAGCGGACGCAGAGCCGGGCCCCGUCGCCCACGCACUGUGCGGGGGAGCUGCUCGAUGGCAGGUUCUCGGCCCAGGCCCCCGCCUACCCCGCCAGCCAGAUCUACAACGACGUCGCCGAGAGGCCUGUGGAUUCCGCCCUCUCCAGGCAGGCGGCCCCCACCUGCUUGGUCGUGGACCCCAGCACGGCCGCGGCGCCGGACGGCGGCCCAGGGGUGGCUCCGGGAGCCCUGAACCGAGGCUACGGGCCUGCCCGGGAAAGCGUCUCCGGGCUGGUUUACGAGAACUGCGAGGCGGUCCUGCCAUCCUUCCAGGGCCCCGGCGGCAGGAGGAGCACGCUGCCUGAGUUCCUGGCCCUCCUGCGGGCCGAGGGGGUGGCGGAGGCCACCCUGGUGGCCCUGCUGCAGCAGGGCUUUGACUCUCCGGCCGUCCUGGCCACCAUGGAGGACGCGGACAUCAAGUGCGUCGCGCCCAACUUGGGCCAGGCCCGCGUGCUGAGCCGCCUGGCCGCCGGCUGCAGGACCGAGAUGCACCUGCGGAGGCAGGGCCGGGUGGGCCCCCUCCCCCGGGUGCGCUCCAGCAGCUUCAGCCACCGAAGCGAGCUCCACGGGGACUUGUCUUCUGUGGGCGCCGUGGCCUCGCAGCCCCAGCCCGUGGGUCCCCUGCAGGCGGCAUCCCCCCGAGCAGGAGACCCGGCCCGCCGCCCCUCCAGCGCGCCAUCAUCCCAGCACCUCCUGGAGACGGCGGCCACCUACUCUGCCCCCGGGGUGGGCGCCCAAGCGCCCCCCUUUCCCUCCAACUCUGGGUACGGCUCACCCACCCCCUGCGCCCUGACAGCACGGCCGGGCCCCACGUGCCCCCCACAGGCCGGGGUGGCCUUAACUUACCCGGGCCCGGCCCCUCCCCUUCACCCAGGCCCCAGAACGGCCUACUCCACGGCAUACACGGUGCCCAUGGAGCUGCUCAAGAGGGAACGCACUGGGGCCGCGUCUCCCCUGCCCACCCCCCAUGGCAGCCCCCAGCUCUUGAGGAAGCCCGGUGUCCCCGUGGAACCGUCCACCCUGCCGCCGGCCGGCCAGAGCCUCCACACGCCUCACUCGCCCUACCAGAAGGUGGCCCGGCGGACGGGCGCCCCCAUCAUCGUCUCCACCAUGCUCGCUCCAGAACCAAGUAAUGAACCCACCCCUGCCCUUCCUCGUGGGACGGUAUUAAACGAAGCUGUUGGCGCCAUGAUGUACCACACCAUCACCCUCACCAGGGAGGACCUGGAGAAGUUCAAGGCCCUGAGGGUAAUCGUGCGGAUAGGCAGCGGCUACGACAACGUUGACAUCAAGGCUGCCGGUGAGCUCGGGAUCGCCGUGUGCAACAUCCCGUCCGCGGCGGUGGAAGAGACGGCCGACUCGACCAUCUGCCACAUCCUCAACCUGUACCGGAGGAACACGUGGCUGUACCAGGCGCUGCGGGAAGGCACGCGGGUCCAGAGCGUCGAGCAGAUCCGGGAGGUCGCCUCGGGAGCAGCCCGCAUCCGCGGGGAGACGCUGGGCCUCAUCGGCUUCGGUCGCACGGGGCAGGCGGUUGCUGUUCGAGCCAAGGCCUUCGGAUUCAGCGUCCUAUUUUAUGACCCCUACUUGCAGGAUGGGAUAGAGCGGUCCCUGGGCGUACAGAGGGUCUACACCCUGCAGGACUUACUGUACCAGAGCGACUGUGUCUCCUUGCACUGUAAUCUCAACGAACAUAACCACCACCUCAUCAAUGACUUUACUAUAAAGCAGAUGAGGCAAGGAGCUUUCCUAGUGAACGCGGCCCGCGGCGGGCUGGUGGACGAGAAGGCCUUAGCGCAAGCCCUCAAGGAAGGCAGGAUACGAGGGGCAGCCCUCGACGUGCACGAAUCGGAGCCUUUCAGCUUUGCUCAGGGUCCCUUGAAAGAUGCACCGAAUCUCAUUUGUACGCCCCACACAGCUUGGUAUAGUGAGCAAGCCUCACUGGAGAUGCGGGAGGCCGCCGCCACCGAGAUCCGCCGGGCCAUCACAGGUCGCAUCCCCGAAAGCUUAAGAAACUGUGUGAACAAGGAAUUCUUCGUCACAACAGCUCCCUGGUCAGUAAUAGAUCAGCAAGCCAUUCAUCCGGAGCUCAACGGCGCCACAUACAGAUACCCGCCAGGCAUCGUGGGCGUGGCUCCCGGAGGACUUCCUGCGGCCAUGGAAGGGAUCAUCCCCGGAGGCAUCCCGGUGACUCACAAUCUCCCCACCGUGGCACACCCUUCCCAAGCUCCCUCUCCCAACCAGCCUACAAAACACGGGGACAAUAGAGAGCACCCCAAUGAGCAAUAG